GCGGCGGCGCCUCUCCCUCUCUGCAACCGGAUCAGCUUCUUCUCAGUUCUCACUUCUCGCAGCUUCUCAGCUUCUCUCUCUUCUCAGCUUCUUCUCACAUUCUCUCUCGGCGUUCUAGGGACCCAAAUUUCCUCUCUCCGUUUUCGGCUUCGCUAUUCCGCCGCUCCUCUUGGUCUUGCAGUUUGCUCGUCGAUCGCAUAAUGGCUGGCGUUCGAGAAAUCACAGCUUCCGAAUUCUUGCAGGGUGUUCAUAGGCAAAGCUUGCUAUUUCACAGUAAUCCUCGUAAUCGAAAAUCUCAUCUUCUGUGGGGGAAUUUUUUGCGUCAUAGUAGAGGCGUUUCGUUGAAUUUGAAAUGCCAAGCUCAGUCAAAUUCCCCCAGAGCUGUGGUUUCUGGGGACCUUGGAAGCUCUGUGGUCGAGCAAUCCAUGACCAAGCCCGGCGUCGGAGCUUUUCAUCUAUUUCGCGUGCCGCUAAUUCAGGAUAGUGCAGCGUCUGAACUUCUUAAAUCAGUUCAGACCAAAAUCUCGAGCCAGAUUGUUGGGUUGAAGACAGAGCAGUGUUUCAACAUCGGGCUUGAGUCAGAACUUUCCGAUCAGAAGGUCUCGGUUCUCAAGUGGCUUCUUCAGGAGACUUAUGAGCCCGAGAAUUUGGGGUUUGAGAGCUUUCUUGAGGAGAAGAGGCAGGAAGGGUUUAACAGUGUUAUUGUUGAGGUUGGGCCGCGGCUGUCUUUCACGACGGCAUGGUCUUCCAAUGCUGUUUCGAUUUGUCGAGCCUGUGGGUUGACGGAGGUGACGCGGAUGGAGCGUUCGAGGAGGUACUUGCUGUAUAGCAAAGGUCCAUUGCAAGAUAGUCAGAUUAAUGAGUUUACUGCAAUGGUUCAUGAUAGGAUGACUGAAUGUGUUUAUGCUCAGAGGCUCACUUCCUUUGAGAUGAGUGUUGUUCCGGAGGAGGUUCGCUAUGUGCCUGUAAUGGAAAAUGGUCGUAAAGCAUUGGAGGAAAUUAAUCAGCAAAUGGGUUUGGCGUUUGAUGAGCAGGAUCUCCAGUACUACACAAGGCUUUUCAGGGAGGAAAUUAAGCGUAAUCCGUCGACAGUGGAGCUAUUUGACAUCGCACAGUCUAAUAGUGAGCACAGCAGGCAUUGGUUUUUCACUGGUGAAAUAAUUAUUGAUGAGCAGCCCAUGAACAGGACUCUAAUGCAGAUUGUGAAGAGCACUUUGCAAGCGAACCCAAACAAUUCUGUCAUUGGGUUCAAGGAUAACUCGAGCGCCAUCAAGGGGUUUUCUGUUGAGCAAUUGCGACCGGCUCAGCCGGGUUCUACGUGUCCUUUGGAGUUGGCUCUUCGUGACCUUGAUGUUUUGUUUACUGCUGAGACCCAUAAUUUUCCAUGUGCCGUGGCACCUUACCCCGGUGCAGAGACAGGUGCAGGUGGUCGCAUAAGGGAUACACAUGCUACAGGGAGAGGAUCAUUUGUCAUCGCAUCUACAGCUGGUUAUUGUGUGGGAAAUCUUAAUAUGGAGGGUUCUUAUACUCCUUGGGAAGAUCCAUCUUUCACGUAUCCUUCAAACUUGGCAUCACCUUUGCAGAUCCUCAUUGAUUCUAGUAAUGGUGCAUCUGACUAUGGGAACAAAUUUGGAGAGCCUUUGAUUCAGGGUUACACAAGAACUUUCGGAAUGAGACUUCCAAGUGGGGAAAGACGAGAAUGGUUGAAGCCAAUCAUGUUUAGUGGAGGUAUUGGGCAGAUUGAUCACAGCCAUAUAUCAAAAGGAGAGCCUGAUAUUGGUAUGCUGGUUGUAAAGAUUGGAGGCCCUGCUUAUCGUAUUGGAAUGGGAGGUGGGGCUGCAUCAAGCAUGGUUAGUGGCCAGAAUGACGCAGAGCUUGAUUUUAAUGCUGUACAGCGUGGAGAUGCUGAGAUGGCACAGAAAUUGUAUCGUGUAGUUCGUGCCUGCAUUGAGAUGGGUGAGAAUAACCCGAUUAUCAGCAUCCAUGAUCAAGGAGCUGGUGGGAAUUGCAAUGUUGUCAAGGAAAUUAUUUAUCCAAAGGGUGCUGAGAUUGACAUUCGGGCAAUUGUAGUUGGUGAUCACACAAUGUCUGUUUUGGAGAUAUGGGGUGCAGAGUAUCAAGAGCAGGAUGCAAUCUUGGUGAAACCCGAAAGCCGCAAACUUUUGGAAUCGAUCUGUGAAAGAGAAAGGGUGUCUAUGGCUGUUAUUGGAACAAUAAAUGGUCAGGGUCGUGUUGCUCUGGUUGAUAGUACAGCGAUUGAAAGAUGCAAAUCAAAUGGACUGCCUGCACCUCCUCCUGCUGUGGAUUUGGAGCUAGAUAAAGUACUUGGUGACAUGCCGCAGAAGACCUUUAAGUUCCAUCGCGUCAAUGAUGCACGGGAGCCCCUUGAUAUUGCUCCUGGAAUAACUGUCAUGGAUGCCCUUAAGAGGGUAUUAAGACUUCCAUCCGUUUGUUCGAAGCGUUUCUUGACAACUAAAGUGGAUAGGUGUGUAACAGGUCUCGUAGCUCAGCAGCAAACAGUUGGGCCCUUGCAAAUUACUCUUUCUGAUGUUGCAGUCAUUGCUCAGACUUAUUCAGACGUUACUGGAGGCGCAUGUGCUAUUGGGGAGCAGCCAAUUAAAGGUUUGUUGAAUCCAAAAGCGAUGGCAAGAUUGGCUGUAGGAGAAGCACUCACUAAUCUUGUUUGGGCAAAGGUAACUUCUCUUUCUGAUGUUAAAGCAAGCGGAAAUUGGAUGUACGCUGCCAAACUUGAUGGGGAAGGAGCAGCUAUGUAUGAUGCCGCAACGGCUCUUUCAGAAGCUAUGAUUGAACUUGGUAUUGCUAUUGAUGGCGGCAAGGACAGUCUGUCAAUGGCUGCCCAUUCUGGAGGUGAGAUUGUUAAGGCUCCUGGAAAUCUUGUAAUCAGUGUGUAUGUGACAUGUCCUGACAUAACCAAGACGGUUACUCCGGAUUUGAAGUUAGGAGAUGAUGGUGAGUUGCUUCACAUUGAUUUGGCAAAGGGAAAGCGGCGGUUAGGAGGAUCUGCGCUUGCUCAGGUUUUUGAUCAAGUUGGGGAUGACUGCCCUGAUCUUGGCGAUGUUCCUUAUCUCAAAAGAGUUUUUGAGUGCACUCAGUCCCUUAUUGAAGAUGAACUAAUCUCUGCUGGUCAUGAUAUCAGUGAUGGUGGACUACUGACAUGCGCCCUGGAAAUGGCCUUUGCUGGAAACUGCGGUAUUAGUUUGGACUUGACUUCGCAUGGGAAGAGCCUCUUUCAGACCCUUUUUGCGGAGGAGCUUGGUCUACUCAUUGAGGUAAGCAAGAACAACUUGGAGAAUGUGCGUGCGAAGCUGAAUCACGAAGGCAUACCUUUCAACAUAGUUGGACAAGUUACUUCAGAACCCACUGUCGAGUUGGUGGUCGAUGGGUUGGGUCAUUUGAACGAGAAGACGUCUUUCCUUAGGGACAUGUGGGAGGAAACUAGUUUUCAGCUAGAAAAGUAUCAGAGAUUGGCUUCCUGUGUUGAUCAAGAGAGAGAGGGGUUGAAAGAUAGGCACGAACCUGCAUGGAACUUGUCAUUCACUCCUUCCUUUACAGAUGAGAAAUAUUUGAAAGCAACAGAAAAGCCAAAAGUGGCUGUGAUUCGAGAGGAAGGGAGCAAUGGAGAUAGAGAAAUGGCUGCUGCGUUUUACGCUGCUGGCUUUGAGCCAUGGGAUGUCACUAUGUCAGACCUUCUGAAGGGAUUAAUCUCACUGCAUGAUUUCAGAGGAUUGGUAUUUGUUGGUGGAUUCAGUUAUGCCGAUGUCCUUGAUUCAGCAAAAGGGUGGGCUGCUUCCAUAAGAUUCAACCAGCCCCUUCUAGAUCAGUUUCAGGAGUUUUACAAGCGGCCAGAUACGUUUAGUCUCGGCAUUUGCAAUGGCUGUCAGCUUAUGGCUCUGUUGGGGUGGAUUCCAGGUCCCCAAGUUGGUGGUGUGCAUGGUCUUGGUGGCGAUCCCGCACAGCCAAGGUUCAUUCACAACGAGUCAGGAAGGUUUGAGUGCCGAUUCACGGGUGUUACAAUAAAGGACUCCCCAGCUAUAAUGUUGAAGGGAAUGGAGGGUAGCACAUUGGGUGUGUGGGCAGCCCAUGGCGAGGGAAGAGCAUAUUUCCCCGAUCAUAGUGUUUUCGAUCGCGUGCUUCAUUCAAAUUUGGCUCCUGUAAGGUAUUGCAAUGACGACGGGAACGAGACGGAGCAAUACCCAUUUAAUGUCAACGGCUCUCCCUUAGGAGUUGCCGCAAUUUGCUCGUCUGAUGGAAGGCAUCUCGCUAUGAUGCCUCAUCCAGAGCGCUGCUUCUUAAUGUGGCAAUUCCCUUGGUAUCCCAAGCAGUGGAACGAGGACAAGAAAGGUCCAAGUCCCUGGUUAAAGAUGUUCCAAAACGCCAGAGAUUGGUGCUCUUGAGAGUACCUCCAGUGGCUCAAUUUAUUUUUCUGAGAAUAAGGUUGAAGAAAACUUUUAGAAGUUAAUUGAAGAUUUUGACUUCUCUUUUAGCAUGUUCCUGUGGAAGUCUUUAAAUUUUGUAUAAUCUUAUUAUAUGCCAGCACCACAUACAGAAUUCUAGGAGACAAAAAGAAGACAAUUUAGUUUUCUAGUUAUGUCUGGUUGUUUCCUCCAUUGGUGUUGUGAUUUUUGUUGUGGCAAUGUAAAUAAAUGUGCAAUAUAUGAAAGAAUUUUCAAUUUUGAGGUGAAAACCACCCUGAUGUUUUCAACUGAAUUUUGGAAGGAAUUGCAGCAGAAAUUUAUGGUAAUCUCUAU